GCUUCCAAAGAAGCCGAAGCAGCCGCCCGCUCUGCUCCCAAACCCAUGUCCCCUUCGGACUUCCUGGACAAGCUGAUGGGGAGAACUUCAGGCUACGAUGCCAGAAUCAGACCCAACUUCAAAGGCCCCGCAGUAAACGUCAGCUGCAACAUUUUCAUCAACAGCUUUGGUUCGAUUGCCGAAACGACGAUGGACUACCGGGUGAACAUUUUCCUGCGGCAGCAGUGGAACGACCCGCGGCUGGCAUAUAACGAGUACCCUGACGAUUCCCUGGACUUGGAUCCAUCUAUGUUGGACUCCAUCUGGAAGCCCGACUUGUUCUUUGCCAACGAGAAAGGGGCCCAUUUCCAUGAGAUCACCACGGACAACAAACUCCUCCGAAUUUCCAGGAACGGCAACGUCCUCUACAGUAUCAGGAUCACACUAACGCUGGCAUGUCCCAUGGACCUGAAGAACUUCCCCAUGGAUGUCCAGACGUGCAUCAUGCAGCUGGAGAGCUUUGGCUACACAAUGAAUGACCUGAUAUUCGAAUGGCAAGAGAAAGGUGCUGUGCAGGUCGCAGACGGCUUAACGUUGCCUCAGUUUAUCCUGAAGGAAGAGAAAGACUUGCGGUACUGCACCAAGCAUUAUAACACAGGCAAGUUCACCUGCAUAGAAGCCCGUUUCCACCUGGAGCGCCAGAUGGGCUACUACCUGAUCCAGAUGUACAUCCCCAGCCUGCUGAUUGUCAUCUUGUCCUGGAUCUCCUUCUGGAUCAACAUGGACGCCGCCCCUGCCCGCGUGGGCCUGGGCAUCACCACCGUGCUGACCAUGACCACCCAGAGCUCUGGUUCCCGAGCAUCGCUGCCCAAGGUGUCCUACGUGAAGGCCAUCGACAUCUGGAUGGCCGUGUGCUUGCUGUUCGUGUUCUCGGCCCUUCUGGAGUACGCUGCCGUCAACUUCGUCUCUCGGCAGCACAAAGAGCUGCUCAGGUUCAGAAGGAAGAGGAGGCACCAUAAGAGCCCUAUGCUGAAUCUGUUCCAGGAGGACGAAACCGGGGAAGGCAGGUUCAACUUCUCCGCCUACGGGAUGGGUCCUGCCUGUCUCCAAGCCAAGGAUGGCAUCUCCGUCAAAGGCGCCAACAACAACAACACAGCCAACCCGGCCCCACCGCCUUCCCGGUCCCACGAGGAGAUGCGCAAGCUCUUCCUCCAGCGAGCCAAGAAGAUCGACAAGAUCUCGCGCAUCGGCUUCCCCAUGGCUUUCCUCAUCUUCAACAUUUUCUACUGGAUUAUCUACAAGAUCGUCCGCAGGGAGGAUGUUCACAACCAGUGA